AUGUCGGGUGGUUACAUCCAAGUCUUGGGAGGUCGCGAUGGACGGAAUAAGAAGAAAAUCGUGGCGAUCGCCGGCAUCUGUUCUUUGUUGCUGGUGGCUAUGGUAGUUGCUGUGGUCAUCGGAGUCAGUCACAACAACAGGUCCAGUGACGAUGCCAGCAAUAAUGAAGAGAUAAAUACCUCGUCGAAGACAAUCAAGCAGAUAUGUGAUUCCACAGAUUACAAAGAGGUCUGCGUAGAUAACCUCUCGUCAGCGGCUGGAAACACCACAGACCCAAAAGAGCUGGUACAGGUGGCAUUCCAGGUAGCGAUUAAACAUAUCUCUGAAGCUGUCAACAAAUCAACCACCCUACGUGAGCUAGAGAAGGAUAAGAUGGCAGCCCAGGCUCUAGAAAACUGUAAAGAAUUGAUGGAUUACGCCAUUGGAGACCUCCAACGUUCUUUCGACGAAGUGGGCGUUUUGGAUAUUAACAAAAUAGACGAUCUACUUGCAGACAUGAAGAUAUGGCUGAGCGCUGCCGUGACCUACCAAGGGACAUGCCUUGAUGGCUUCCAGAACACAACGGGGGAAGCUGGAGAGUCUAUGAAGAAAGCUUUGAAAACCGCAGGUGAGCUCACACGUAAUGGCCUGGCUAUCGUAACUGAGCUUUCAUCUCUGUUCACCUCCUUGAAUAUCCCUGGCAUGAAUCGCCGGCUUCUCUCUUCAUCCGAAGAGAUAGAUUAUCCUAAGCUCACAGAGGAUGGAUUCCCUACAUGGAUCUCACCGACCAAACGUAGAUUACUGAUACUCCCUACGGACCAAAUGAAGCCUAACAUUGUUGUGGCUAAGGACGGAAGCGGCAGGUACAAAAGUGUUGUUAAGGCGCUUAAUGCUGUCCCUAAGACGACGAACACCACAUUCAUUAUCUACGUUAAGGCUGGAAUCUACAAGGAGUAUGUGCAGAUCACGCGAAGCACGCCCCAAAUCAUGUUGAUUGGAGAUGGCCCACUCAAGACUAAGAUCACCGGUAACAAGAACUUCAUCGACGGCACCGCCACCUUCAAGACUCCUACCGUUGCGGUGGUAGGAAAUGGUUUCAUUGCAAAGGACAUUGGAUUUGAGAACACAGCAGGAGCUGCAAAGCAUCAAGCCGUGGCACUAAGGGUGCAAUCUGAUAUGUCAAUCUUCUACAAUUGCCAAAUUGAUGGCUACCAAGAUACCCUUUACACCCACACCAACCGUCAGUUCUACAGCAACUGCACCAUCUCAGGCACCAUCGACUUCAUCUUCGGCGACGCUGCGGUUAUCCUCCAGAAUUGCAAGAUGGUAGUAAGGAAGCCAAUGGAAAACCAACAGAACAUCGUCACCGCACAGGGUAGGAUAUACGAGCGUGAACCCACCGGAAUCGUCCUCCAGGACUGCACCAUUACGGCUGACCCCGCUCUGGUGCCAUUCAAGAGCACGCUCCCUUCAUACCUAGGUCGCCCAUGGAAGGAAUACUCCAGAACAAUAGUCAUGCAGACCCAGAUCGAGGAUGUGAUUAACCCAGCAGGGUGGCUCCCAUGGAUGGGCGACUUCGCUUUUAGCACUUGCUUCUACGCCGAGUACAACAACAAAGGUGUUGGUGCCGACCUUUCUAAAAGGGUCAAGUGGCCUUGCAUUAAGACUCCCCUCACUAAUGAACAAGCUUUGGAAUUUACUGUUAGCAAAUUCAUACAAGGUGAUCAAUGGAUCACCCCUACCGGAGUGCCCUACACUUCUGGUCUCUCCCCCAUAUAAUAUAAACAAGGAGUCGUAAUUUGUACAUAUAUCUUCGCAUUUCUGCGAAACACAAGUGAAGG